AUGCCGCACGUGUUAUUGAACGAGAUAACAAAACUAUCGAUGCUGCGCACUUUGGAGAGCGGACGAUACUUGAGCAUGGCUUUUCGCUCGUGGGAUCUGUACGAAUUUCCGCUGUUACAGCAUACAACCAAGCAUUCAUGGGCCAUCAAGACCGCUACUCAGCUGGAGAAGCUGCGAUAUGUCAUCUUCACUUUGCAAACAGGCCGAAAGAACAUCAUCACAGCCAAGGACACGAGCCGAUUCGACGACUGCAACUUGAUCAACGUGAAACUCUAUCUGAACUCAGAAUGUUAUCCGUACGAUGAUAUGAAUCUGGAUUUCGAAAAAAACAGAUGGUCUGUGUUGUACGAAACGUACGCGCGUUUCUGCAAAAACUACUACGGAUACGAGUAUCUCGAGCCAAGUCUUACCCUCACGUCUUUUCUACGUUACGGUCCAUUCGUAAUCAUCGAUUGUUCUCGACAAAACGAAUCAGUCAAGAGCACAACCGUGGAUGUGAGAUUGGAAUUUGAGACUAAGGAGAAC